CUUAAAAUACUAGUCAAAUUUGGAGCACGUGAGGCGUACCAGGCGUUAGGGAAUGUAGCAUCAGGUGUGUGCAUAGCUAUGUUGAAUACGAAGAUCCAUGAGAUAAUGUAUGGUGUUGAUGGCGGCAAAAACUGUAUGUCUGACAUCAGAAUCUUCCAAAUAGGGAGUACAUGGUUAAAUGCUGCCGGUUUAUCAAGCAUCUUAACAUGCCGGACCGGUGGUAAGAAGUGUGAUACAACACUCGCUCGCGAGAAGCUUGAGAAAGCAGUGAGAUGGGCUGAUAACUCAAUGGAUGAUUACCCAAACUCUGAGUAUUGGACAUAUGGCUUCAGCAACUCAGGUACAUGGCAUUUUUGUAUAAAAGUAACUAGAAAAGAAAUGCAGCCAAGCAGAGCUGGGGCUGAUGUAUUCAUCAGAUCUUUAGAAUGUCCAAAAGGAUUCUGUGGCAAGGGCAAGUAUGACGAUUUUUCUCAUGAAGUUGUGAGCUUUCAUCUCUAUGUGAUAUGA